CUGAAAACACAAAUUUAAACAUUGUUUUGGAAAAAGCUAUAAGCUUUGUAUAAGAAAGAAAAGUGUAUGCAUAACAGUUGUGUAUGUUUCAGGAACAGUUGCACGAAUUGAGAUUAUUAAAUAUUUACCGGUUCAUAGAGACAUUUCAGGAAACUGCAAAAAGUGGAACCACUCUACUUUUACUAAGUAACAAUUCUUACAUCAGUCUAUCUUUAAUUACUAAGUUCAAAGUUAUGCUUGAGUAGUACACUAUGGAAAGGGCCCCGAAUAUAGACUAACAUCUUAACUUGCCUGUCGUAAACACAUUUGGUCAAACCUUAAUGCCAAACGUUCAAAAAAAUAUAUCCCUUUUACUAGAUUAUAGGCAUGCUUUUCAUCUUGUAGCUCCAAAAAUGUUUUCUGCAGAUGCUGCGUGGAUGAGGAGGUGACAGUUUCACAUUUUCUACUUUCAUGUCCUGUCACAAAGAUAAAGACUCCACUCAAAAGGCUUGUUCUAUGAUUAUCUCUGUCAUCUAAUGAAUUCCGACAUUUGCUGUCACAAACGAUUGAUUAUCAGCUCCAAACGGUUCGACGAGCAGGGACAUUCCGACUUAAGAGGCUUGUUUUAUGAUAAUCUCAGUCAUCUAAUGAAUUCCAACAUUUGCUGUCACAAACGAUUGAUUAUCAGCUCCAAACGGUUCGACGAACAGGGACAUUCCGACUUAAGAGACUUGUUCUAUGAUAAUCUCAGUCAUCGAAUGAAUUCCGAAACUUGUUGUCACAAACGAUUGAUUAUCAGCUCCAAACGGCUCGACGAGCAGGGAAGACCCUUAGAAAUCCAUGUGGUAACAAAACGUAUUGAUUAUUGGUCUAAUGUUUUUUUUUGUCAGCCAGCAUCCUCCUUAAUCUAACGUAACCCUAACCUAUGCAGCAUUUUUAAAAAUAAUCUGAAUACAAAAUAAAAAAAAAUUCCACACUACUUAAGUUCAAUACCAGAAGUUGAUCCGAAUGAUCAGAUAUUGACUUCGAAAAAUUUGAGAUAAAGCUGAAAGACAAAUGUCCCUGACACUUUAUUAAAUAAACAGGUCGAAAAUAUCUUUUUUUUAAUAAUUCGAAAACUAAAGUUUUGGAUCUAAAACAUAGGGGUUAUUGUAGGGUUACCCCUCUUCUAGUGAGACAAAUCAUCUAUUUCUUCGAGAAUAAUUUUGAUCAUUUCUUGAUGCUUCACUGAAAUGGCCUUAUUUCAAAGACGCUGCACCAUUUUCGACCUCACAGCCAUACUAAACAAAUAUUUAAAAGAAAAAACAUUCAAACUGAUCCUUCACUCUCAGAUUAAAUACAAGUAAACGAUUGGCUGUGAAGACUGUACAACUUUGACAGAUGGUUGUAGGACACAUUUUAAAAAAUCAGUCCUAAUACCAAUUACACUCGAUGGGUAUUCUAGAGAAAAAAGGAGAGAAUGUUGUAGCCUUAAGUAAUUCAUGAAGAUUUUGGAACAGUUACACUUUGCAGGUUUCGUUAUCUCAAGUGAAGAUUUAACAGUCGCUGACUUUAGAUCUUAAUUCAGCAGGCGGGCGAGAAAAGGGAUCCUCAUCCCUCGCAUGGUUUUGGAGGACACCAUCUGGUGGCUCGGAGCCACAGACUUAUAAGAUAUACCCAUAUCUGUCUCUCUAGGUGCAGCAAGGGCAACCAUUUUCGACCUGUUUGCUUGAAGAAACUUAGCUGUCAAGAGAUAUAUGUUUUUCUCCAAUAUAUCUGAUUUUGAUACCGAAUGUCUUAUCUCAUUUAAACCAGUCACGAGGAAUAUACCUGAUUGUUGCUCCCGCGUGGACGCAAAUAUUUUGGAUGCCAAAGAUAAGAGGUCGAGUGCUAGAGCCGCCAAGAUCAAUCAACAGCCUGCGUGAGGUAUUAAUAGACAUGUGCCACAGACCUAUAAGAUAUACCCAUAUCUGUCUCUUUAGGUGCAGCAAGGGCAACCAUUUUCGACCUGUUUGGUUGAAGAAACUUAGCUGUCAAGAGAUAAAUGUCCAUUUAUUCGGCAGAACGCGCCCUUGACUCGACAUUUUCUCCAAUAUAUCUGAUUUUGAUACCGAAUGUCUUAUCUCAUUUAAACCAGUCACGAGGAAUAUAUCUGAUUGUUGCUCCCGCGUGGAUGCAAAUAUUUUGGAUGCCAAAGAUAAGAGGUCGAGUGCUAGAGCCGCCAAGAUCAAUCAACAGCCUGCGUGAGGUAUUAAUAGACAUGUGCUCCAGACAAACACCUCCACUGAUCGAUAAAUUGACCCUGAAUGUAUGUCAAUAGGAGACUCAGGAGAAUAAUUAUGUCAAAAGUGGAACCAAACCAUUCAACACUUCUACAAAACAAUAUAAAAUAUGUUUUUAAUUUGUUUAACAUACCUCAGCCUUAUUCAACAAAUAACAGUAACAGCACCAAUAUUGUUACGAACCAAAGUCCAACGCCAUCAGUGCUUUCAGAAAAUUCAGUGGAAUGCUUUCUUUCGGGUCAUAAUAUGGCGAGCGAUGCGGCCUCGAGUUGUAGUGAAGAAUCAGAAGAACUAACUAAUCUAACUUGGUUAACGGAACUUCGAAAUGAACUAUUAACAUGGCCUGAAUCCGCUGCAGAUGAUGAUAGUGUCAAUCGUAAGUGCUCUAAUGGAAAGAGUGCACAAAACAAUAAGACAGUUGAGGAAAAUACAGCUCCUGUGCAGCAAAAGAGGCCAUCAGCCUCGGAACGGUAUAAUACCUUUCUGGAAAAAGUUAAAAAGGAUAUCAUCGAAUAUGACCUUUCAGCAGAGAUUUACCAAAAAGAUGUGGAAGAAAAACCUCCUUUCAACUAUUCACACAUCAUAGGUAUGGCGAUGGUGGAAAACGGUCGCAUGACACUUCAACAAAUAUGCUCUUGGAUAGAAUCAAAAUUUGCAUUCUUUCGAGUUCGAAAACGGUGGAACAAUUCAAUACGACACAAUUUGUCAUUGCAUCAUUGUUUUAAAAAAAUUGAUCGCAGUAAAUACGAAAAAGGAAAAGGUGGCUAUUGGGAGCUCGGUAUUGACCCUAAAAAAUGCGAUCGCAAGCGUAUUCGCAAUCGAAAAUCUUCGAACAGAAAUCGAAAUCGAUCUAUUGGUGGUUGUGGAGAAGGUGAAAAACAAGCCGAUAAUCAAUUAAUUAGAACAAUGCCUAACACAAGAAUUGAACAGAAAGACAAUGUUGAAGAAUUUAUUUUAGAUGAGCUCGAUGUGCAGCAUAAUGUUGUUGUUCAAAGAGACACAACAAUUAAUUCAGAAUUCUUAACGUCCAUUUUGUCAUCACCAAGUCAAAGCACUACAACUAUAGAUGAUAACAAUCAAAUAAGUCCUUAUAAUAUAAACAGUUCAAUUAAAUUGCAGGAUGUAUUUAUAGCUAAUACUGGCAACGACAGCGAUAAUAACUAUAAUAAGCUGUCAAAUUCUACUAAUUUGACUGGUGAUGCUGAAUAUGAAUUGGGUACUAUUAUUGUGAAUUCGUUGACAGCAGAUAUAGGAGGUCCAAUGAAUAUUUCUGAAAUUGAAAAGCAAAUAAAUGUUUUUGUGGAAGAUGAAAUACCAGAACCGUGUGAAAAUGUUGUUAUAUCAUCGUAUCUUAGCAAUGGAUCAAUCGGAAAUCAAAGUCAGCCAAAUGUUAUUGUUGAACAAAUGGAGCCAUAUUGUACAGGUUCAACAUCAUCGGAGAGUAGUUUUCGGCCAUACAUUGAUGGAAUUGAUGAGGCAUUUCAAUAUCUACGUAGUAUGGAUACCCGAUGUGAUGAUUUAUUUGAUAAUCUCCUUGAUAUAUCGGUUAGUGAUUAUUAGCAAUGAAUUAGAAUAGUCAAUAUUAAUUAAUUUUAUUUUUUUUUGGAAAAAAAAACUAAAAAGUUCAUAUAAAAUGUAUUGAAAUUUCAUAGUGUUGUGUAUAUACAUAAUUGCUAAAAACAUUUCAAAGUACCUAAGAAGGUACUCAGAGUCACCAUGUGGUAUCAGGAACGUUUAAAGAAAAAUUAUGCCCAUUGAAUUUUUUGAUUCUUCAAUUUCCAAUUUUACGAAUACUAUCUUUGUUUAAAAAAAAAACAUUGCUUUCACUUAAAGUUCUAAUAAUGCUUUCUCAUAUAGCUUAGACUCGAUUAUAAAAUUUCCAUGAAGAAGAUAAUUUCUUCCUUUUUAAUUAAAGUUGUUAGGUUUUUGUUAUGUAUGUUUAACUACUCACACAAAACCAAAUUAGUCUUAAAAGACAAAACAUACCUGGGACUUAUAAGUAUAACACAAAGCUACAAGUACUUAUAAUAGGGGAGGAUCAAUACAACUGAAACAAUUUCUAAAAUAUAACAAAAUCUUAUGAUGUAAAAGAUACAUUUUAAACAUAUGUAUAUAUAUAUAUAAAUAAUUUCAAACAAUCAAUUUUAAUAACUUUGUUGUUUAUGAUUGUAUUAAUUUAUAUUGUUUUCAGCGUAGACAUCUUUACAUUGAAUUUAUUCAUAAUUAUGAUAUCUAAUGUAGUUUUACUAUGUAAGAUUGAAUUAUUUUUGAUUUUAAUAAGUUAAAGAAAAACUUAAACAUAUAUGUAUUUUUUACAUUUUACUUUUUUACAUUAAUUUUGAAAAAGGUAAAUUUUGAUUGAUUGAUAGAUAUAGACUUAAUUACAAAAGACACAAUUUAUUGGAAACGGAGCAUAUUUUAGCAGAAUGCCUGUUAGUGUAGGGACAUUUUUAUUUUGUGCAAAUGUAAAGAUGCAUUUUGUGUUACGGAAAUAAUUCCCUUGGUUUGCAUGCUUAUAACCUUUUGGUACAGGUUUCUUUGAAACUUAAGUUUAAGUAGAAAAAUGUAUUUAGUAAUAUAUUUAAAAUGGUGCUGAACAUUUUCGGGCAUAGGUUUGAAACAUCAACGAAAAAUUUGAAUACAAAAACUGGAUAAGAUACACUUUAAGCAUGAUGCCUACAUCGACUCUUUUAAUUCUCCGUUGUUUUUGAGAGACAAACACAAAAUAAUAAUUUUUGAAAUUAUUUUUCCAGUCAUUAAAAUCGUUUUUAUUGUAAAAAAUAACAAAAAAAAAAUAAUAUAUAAAGUGAGAUAAAAAUGAAAAAUAAAUGUAUGCAAAACUUGUAAGCACAUUUAUCAGAAUAAUUUCUUUUUGUGUCAAUACAGGUACAUACUUAUGUACGUAUAAAUUAUGCAAAUGAUUUUUAAAUAAAAAGUAUUGAUACAUGUUGAUUCAUUGCUUCAAUUCUAGAAUGUUUGGAAAUUCUUUUUUAAAUUUAAGAAACGAUUUCUAUUUGAUGAUUUUUUGUGAAUAUAAAAAUAAAAAAACAAUUGUUAUUUAUUAACUAAAAAAACUAUUCACAGAUUUUGUAGAUUCAAACAUAAACCAUUAUAGAUAAAACAUAUAUGUUUAUGAGAACCAUUAUAUAAAACCAAAAGCUCAAUUAAUUCAUAAAAAAAACAUUGUUGAAUUCAUUUUUAAGUACAAGAAAAUACAUAUUAUAUUAUUU